AUGGCGUCCGAGGAGGAAGGCUUAAAUUGUGGGUGCUGGUCUGUCCAUCCUAGAUGGCGUGGUGGUGAGUGCCACCCAGCCACGCUCCCCAGGCUGCCCUCGAGGCCACGUGGGAUACCAGCACUUCUCUUGAUUCUCUUCCUGAUUGGCCCUACUUGGUCAGUGCCCAGCCUCAGGGCCUGGGGCAGCCUCCACUCUGGCCUCACUGAGGCACACCUCACCCCCCAGGUGCCCCACCUCAACCAGAAUGCCUGGAACAACCUGGAGAAGUACAGCCGCAGCUUGACUCGCACCUACCAAAACGUCUAUGUCUGCACAGGGCCACUCUUCUUGCCCAGGAUGGAGGCUGAUGGGAAGUCCUACGUGAAGUACCAGGUCAUUGGCAAGAACCACGUGGCGGUGCCCACACACUUCUUCAAGGUGCUGAUCCUGGAGGCAGCAGGAGGGCAAAUUGAGCUCAGAUCCUACGUGAUGCCGAACGCGCCGGUAGAUGAGACCACCCCGCUGGAGCGCUUCCUGGUGCCCAUCGAGAGCAUCGAACGGGCCUCAGGGCUGCUCUUCGUGCCCAACAUCUUGGCACGGGGAGGCAGCCUCAAGGCCAUCACUGCUGGCAGCAAGUGAGGGCAGUGCCAAAGGGGAAAACGAGACUGAGGGGUUAUGGGGCACGGUUGAAUUAAUUAAAAGUGGUUAUUUUUGAA